GCCCAAAACGGUAAGGAGAGGACUCGUACUUAAAAACCAACGCGUCCUUGGCAAAGUAAAGCUAUAACACUGGCCAUGGCGACGAUACGGAUGAUAGAUAUAGCCGUUAAUUUCACAGAUGGUAUGUUCAAAGGAAUCUACAAUGGCAAGCAAUGCCACGCAACUGAUAUUGCCGCUGUUUUGAGCCGGGCAUGGAGCACUGGCGUAGAUCGAAUCAUAGUAACAGGUGGAUCCUUGGAGGAAUCUAAGGAAGCUCUUGCCAUUGCGGAAACAGAUGGAAGGCUUUUCUGUACUGUAGGGGUGCACCCAACAAGAUGCAAGGAGUUUGAAGAGAGCGGGGAUCCACAAAAUCAUUUUCAGGCUCUCUUGUCAUUGGCCAAGGAGGGAAUUGAAAAGGGCAAGGUGGUUGCAAUCGGUGAAUGUGGACUGGAUUAUGACAGGCUUCACUUUUGCCCUGCAGAGACUCAAAAAAAGUAUUUUGAGCAGCAGUUUGAAUUAGCAUAUGCCACAAAGCUGCCCAUGUUUCUGCAUAUGCGUGCCGCUGCUGAAGAUUUCUGUGAAAUAUUAAGGCAAAAUAAGGACAGAUUCUGUGGUGGGGUUGCCCAUUCCUUUACUGGAAGUGCAGAAGAUUGUAAUAAGCUACUUUUGUUUGGUAAUUUGUACAUAGGGGUAAAUGGUUGUUCUUUGAAGACAUUGGAGAAUCUUGAUGUUGUGAGGGGCAUUCCUGUCGAGAGAAUGAUGAUUGAAACAGAUUCUCCCUAUUGUGAAAUCAAGAAUACUCAUGCCGGAAUAAAUUUCAUUAAAUCUACAUGGCCUUCAAAGAAGAAAGAGAAGUAUGAUCAACAGUGCACUGUCAAAGGUCGCAAUGAACCUUGUUUAGUUCGGCAAGUUCUUGAGGUGGUCGCUGGAUGUAAAGGAAACAUUGAGAUUGAUCAAUUGAGCCGGACCUUGUAUCACAACACCUGCAGAGUAUUCUUUCCCCAUGACCUGGAUUCUACAGCAGAUGUUGUCCUCUCUGAUCAUAAUGAGACUUAGAGAACGUGACCAUUUGCUUAAACAGAGUUUCUACUUGCUAACAGAAUUUGUAGAUCCCGGAUCCCCGUUAUCUACAGCAAGCAGUCAUUGUUUCUCUUUUACCAAUGAAUUUGGCUUUGCAAAGUGUUAUGAGAAUUUGAAAAAAAAAUUGCAUUUGCCUUGAAUAAGGAAAUCUUGGUUGGGGAUUUCGGAAUUGCAAUAUUGUAGUGGUUUUGCUGAUGAAAUUUGUAGUCAGUAUAUCUCUAUUUGUAUGGAUGACCAUUUUAGAAGACAAUUAUGUUGGCCGCAGCCGAUGAAGUUA